AUGACUUUGGAAUAUGAUCACUCGGUAUCGACUUUUCAAAACGAAAUGGAGGCACCCGCUCGAAAUCGUCAGAAAAAGAUCGAACCUUUUAGCGGAAAUAUUAGCGGCGUGCCUGGCCUUUUCGCUGCUGCCCCACUUCUCCAUGAUUGGCAGUCGGGAAAGUCCUCUGUCAGCGAACGCGUCCGUAGUCUAUUUCUUAACCCUACUCUGGCUGACGUUUACUUUCACAUCAAGUCGAACGGUGCCUACGAAGAGCCAUCUUCAGCCCGCAGACCUUCUGGCAACCAGUCCGAUUCAUCCUCUGACUCAAUGACCAACUUCUUAUCUUCUAAUCAGAGGAUACCUGCCCAUUCUUUCGUGCUUGCAAUCAGUUCGGCAGUGUUUGAAGCUAUGUUUUUUGGCCCGUUGGCUUCAAACAAUCGGCGAACACUGCCACCACGGAUCUGUUGUGGCAACCAAAUGAACACUGUGUCUUCAUCUUUGUACCGACGGUUAUCAUCACCCGCAAUAAAUUCAGAUACUGAACGAAAUACGCCAUGGACUACCUCCUUAUCGCAUAUGACUUUCCCAACUCAGCCGAUGGUGACGGAGAAUAUGAUCAGCACACCACAGUCUUUCGGCUCUCCCCCGCCAAAUGCAGACCCACUUAAUGUUCCUUUUGAGGAAACACGACGGGCCAUUAAACGUAGUUCAACAGCCUACACUCAGGUGGAGCCUUCGUACGGUCACAAUCCAUCCCUCGCAUCUUCUCCCAACUACCCGUUUGAAAUUGUUCUGUACGACGUACACCCCGUCGCAUUCAUAAAUGUAUUGCGAUUUAUUUACACCGACGAAAUCACUCUGGAUCCAAGCAAUGUUCUUCAAACUCUUUACGUCGCUAAAAAGUACGCCGUUACAAUGAUGGAGCACGCGUGCGUAGACUUCCUCAGCCAUGCAAUCAGCGUUGACAAUGCCUUCUUGCUACUGACUCAGGCCAAUUUCUUUGAUGAAAACGAACUUGCUCAAAAGUGUCUUGAAGUGAUCGAUAAAAACACCGCCAAAGCCUUGGACUCGGACGAUUUCCUUGCUGUGGAUAGUCAGCUACUCUGCAGUAUCCUCGAACGCGAUACUUUGUGCAUCCGCGAGGUGCGACUUUUCCUCUCCGUGCUUAGGUGGGCUAAGGCACAGUACCACAAGCAGAAGCGGCUUCAAGAUGGUUCCAAUGGUGCUACACGACAUCACAAACGCUCGUCACUCUCUUCUGGUACGCUUUUCCUAUCUCCAUCAGGCGAUGAACCUGGCUCUUUGCUGUCCGCACCGCCUCCUCGUCCCUCCAGCACCCCUCUGGAGCCGGUUUCUACUAGCAACAGUAGCGGCAGUCGUGUGCAGUCUCCGGAUGCUCAUAAUGUGGAAACAACGGAAGCUGAGCCGCCAGUGGAGGCCUUAAGGGAAAUCCUGGCUCCCAUCGUGCCCCUAAUACGUUUUCCGCAGAUGAGUGUUGAAGAAUUUGCGGAGGUUGUGGUUCCCUCUAAAGUGCUGGAGGACUCUAAGGCAGUGGAGCUCUUCCUUUACUACGUGUCCAACACUAAGCCCGCGGUUCCCUACUCUACGAAGUCUCGGUGUUAUCUGCGCGCUGCUGAGGAAAUAGUUCGACGCUUUGGGGCAGUUGACCAGCGCUGGGACUACCGUGGCACCAGCGAUCGUAUCCGGUUAGUUGUUAUUAAUUUCUUCUCUACCUUCCUUCACAACCAUCUCCUUCGAUUUGGUGAAUAG